AUGACUAUACACUCUAUCGACAUUGAUCAAAGAAAUCUAGGAAGAUGGUAUAUGCUACAUAAAUACUACCCUAUAGUUCAGGAGCAGCCCACUAGCCCGACAGAAGUUCAGGAGCAGCCCACUUUUGUCCACGCAUUUCUCAACGUCAGGGAGGAAGCACUGACAUCAUUGUGCGCCCGCUUCCCAAAUCUGCGGAAAGUGGAAAUCGAUUACUCUGGUUGGAUACCUGGACAUGGAAAGCAGUUGGACAACAAAGGCCUUUCUGUGUUUUCAUCUCACUGUUCCUCACUGAUUGACCUAACCUUAAGCUUCUGCUCAUGCAUCGAUGACUCUGGGCUUGCUUGUUUAGCUUAUUGCAAGACACUGGUGUCUCUCAGGCUCAACUCCGCACCAAAAAUAACGUCAGUUGGGCUUUUCUCGGUUGCAGUUGGUUGCGGAAGUCUAUCUGCUCUCCACCUUAUUGAUUGCGAGAAAAUCAACACUGUAGAGUGGCUGGAAUACCUUGGUAGGGAUGGAUCGUUGGAAGAGCUUGUAGUGAAGAAUUGCCAAGGAAUCAAUCAUCAUGACUUCCUAAAGUUUGGUUCCGGAUGGAUGAAGCUCCAGAAGUUUGAGUUUGAGAGUAAAAGAGAAAGAUGUGAUCGUCUUCCAGGUGAUGUGGUCUAUGACUCCUCGUACCAUGCUCACAGUACGGAUAGAUAUGGUUUCUGCUGUGAGAGUUUGAAGGAUUUAAGGUUGGCUCAUAUUAAAACUUGGCCAGAACGCUACUCUAGUGAUGUCAGCUAUUGUGAGACGAGGACGUCAUUUACUGAUAACAGACUUUACGCUCUAGCCCGAAACUGUCGUAUGCUUCAGAUGGUAGACCUCAGCUUUAUAGGAUGUUCCCGUGACUGGCCAUCAGAAAUAGGAUUCACACAAGAUGGUUUUCUGGUGCUCAUUCAGUCCUGCCCGAUUCGUGUUCUUGUGCUAAACACCGCCAACUUCUUUGAUGACGAGGGGAUGAAGGCCCUCUCAUCCUCACCACAUCUGGAGACACUCGAGCUUAUAUUGUGUCAUGCAGUAACUGAUGCUGGGAUGUGCUUCAUUGCGCACACCCCAUGCUUGAGUAAUCUCACACUUCGGUUGUGUCAUAACGUUACUGAUGUGGGAGUGGCUGAACUGGGACGUGCACAUAAGUUAGAGUCUUUGGUUGUUGAGUAUUGUGGUGAGGUAUCUCUGCAAGCUGUGCAGGGUGUUGCCAAGUCAGUUCACUACAGUGACUAUUCAGAUUUCUUUAUGAAGAAAAUUGGUCUUGGCGCCUAUUGA